AUGGUUGAAGGAAAAGCUAUCCGAAGAGUCGCCGUGAUUGGGGCUGGACCCGCAGGGAUUAUUUCGAUUGAUGCGCUUGUUCAGGAAAAAGCUUUUGAUGUUGUGAGGGUUUUUGAGAGAAGGUGUGAGGCGGGUGGGUGUUGGAGCGCCGAUGCUGGACCACCGCCGAAAAUCCACGAUGUCCACUCCCUGGGUACCCGCACGGCUGAUAAGCCUCUGAAAGUCCCAGAGAGACUCCCUGCGUACACGCCCAAGUUCAGUCAGAUUCGGUUCCAUGAAGCUACUGUGUACCCGUAUCUGGAGACGAAUGUCGAUCACCGAGCUAUGAAGUUCGAAGACGAGCCGAUUCCAGAUGAAGUGACUGGUCUUUCAGUCUCGAUAUAUGGCCCAAAUACGCCCUUCCGACACUGGGGUGUUAUUCAGGGGUAUUUGAAGGGCUUGCUUCAACGUCAUGACUACGAGGAUCUUGUCUCGUACAAUACCUGCGUGGAGUUGGUCGAGAAGGUUGGUGAUGAGUGGCGGGUUGUUCUUCGCAAGGAGGGCAAGGUGAGGGAGUACUGGUGGGAGGAGAGAUUCGACGCUGCGGUCGUUGCGAGUGGGCACUAUUCGGUGCCGUAUGUCCCACAGACUGCUGGACUGAACGAAUGGGUGCGGACUCGGCCAGGGAGUAUCCUUCAUUCGAAACACUUUCGUGGCCGGGACCAGUUCAAAGACAAGCGGGUCGUUGUUGUUGGCAAGUCCGUCUCUGCCGCAGAUAUCGCCGUCGAUCUCACAAGCGUGGCGUUGAAGCCUGUUCAUGCCAUCACCAUCGGCCAUACAGCGAAUGGCUAUUUCGGCGACGAAGCCUUCAACCAUCCAGACAUCCUCAACCACCCCUCAAUCCAACGAGUCGACCCCUCAACCGGCACCGUCCACCUCCUCGACGGAACCACAAUCCCAAACAUCGACCACAUAAUCUUCGGCACAGGCUACACCUGGACCCUCCCCUUCCUCCCCUCCCUCCCCACCCGCAACAACCGCAUCCCCAACCUCUACCUCCACGUCAUCCACACCUCCGACCCCACCCUCCUCUUCAUCGGCGCCGUCCAAGCCGGCCUGACCUUCAAAAUCUUCCAAUGGCAAGCCGUCCUCGCCGCGCGCCUCCUCGCCGGCCGCGCGAAACCCCUCCCCUCUCUCCAACAUAUGCAAGACUGGGAAGAGGAGAGGAUAAAGUUGAAGGGUGAUGGGCCGAAGUUUGGGCUGGUGUGGCCGGAUUUUGAGGGGUAUUUUGAGGCGGUGAGGGCGUUGGCGGGGACGGAGGGGCCGGGGAGAAAGUUACCAAGGUGGAGGGGGGAGUGGAUGGAGGUUUUUAUGGAGGGGCGUGAGUUGAGGAAGGGGUUUUGGAGGAGGUUGAAUGAGGAGGCUAGGAAGAGGAAGGGGAAGGGGGAGGUGAGGGCGGUGUUGUAG